AUGAGCGAGUUACAGACGACUAACUCUACGACUAACCCAGUGGAUGCUCUCUGGGGUUUGAUGGCGCUUGAUGAUGGUGAUGCCGUUUGGUACGCGUUUAUUGGAAUCCUCCUACAAGCCAUGUUGAUCUCCAGCAUAAUGGGCAAAGCAUUCGAAUAUUUCGAUUAUUUCAAGAAAAGGGAUAAUAAAUACCUACUUUGGGGUGUUGCUGGUGGUACCGUUUUGGCCCUGGUCACUCUGGGAAUAACCUGUGCAGAGACAUACGUGACGGUGCAUCAACAAACACUCAAUACCGCUCCUGCCAUCCGAUUUUUGAUUCUAGGGGACGUGACCAACCUCUUCCUUGGUACGCUAUUCAACCUUGCCGCUUGUAUAUAUUAUUCCUGGAGGGUAUAUAAGAUGCUCGGCAGUCGUCGUUGGACAAUUCCUAUAUUUGCGGCAUGCCUUCUAGCUCAGCUCGUGGCUGCUUUGGUUGCCACGGGCGAUGGAUAUCGCUUCCCUAUCAUUACACCUGAGACUCUCCAAGAUUUUCAGAAUCACAUGCGAACGAAUAUAAGGGAAUUCCAAAUCUGGGGUGCCCUCACACUGAGUGUCGAUGGUACUCUGUGCAUUCUGAUGAUGAUAAUGCUAUUCAAAUCUCGAGAUGGUAUCUUCCACCGAGAAACUAGAUUAUUCAAUAAGUUGGUUUCUCUGCUUUAUGAGACGAUGUUACCACCGGUGAUCUGUCUUGCGAUUUAUCAAGGUACAACUCAUUUUGCUGGUAACCCAAUUAGUGAUUUUAGGAAGAUCAUCACCUGUAUCUUACCUGUUCUAUACUUCCAUUCCCUCCUUCAUACCUUGGUAGGUAGGAAAAGGAUUAGGGAGAUACUCGAUUCCAACCUUGCAAGAGAAGGAGUCAAGGUUAUUUCCGAUAGGAACAGAGAUCAUUACAAAGCUAGCAACACUGGUAAAUUCGAUUUCGCCGUGAGUGGUCCUCAAGGUUUCCAUUCGGACUAUAAUGGCAUUGGUGGUAGAAUUUUGGGUGGUAGUGGAUUUGGGAAUGAUAUAGCGACAGCCCCUAAUGGCUUAAUUUGGGAUGGAAGGAAGUGA